AGCCGAUUCAGAAACGACCAGAACCGUCGUGAUGGAGGUUCUCUGCAAAAUUUUAACAGUGUGCCUGCUGCUCGGUGGCGCUCAGGCGUUCACAAGGGCAGAGCCAGCCAAGGAGCUCACUUGGCAGUCCCUGUUCUUCGAUGCCGUGACUGGCAAUCUGCAGGAGCCGCAGGCCGAUGAGCUCAUCAACCUGGAGGAGUGCACUGCCCUUUACACGGUGGACAACAUUGAGAUUCUGGUGACGGCUGGCUACAAGAUUCGUCGUUGCAACAAUGUGGAUGCCAAAGAUAUCGAGAGGUAUUUGGAGCGUCACGAUGCCGUCUACACGAAGCACUCCUUCGAAAGGGAGAUGAUUGGAUGCCACACCCACGACUGCUACGUGGAUGCCGUUUUGAAUCUGUUUAGUUCGGUGCGAUUGAACCGCUACGAUCAUCGUCGCCGCAGAGCCUGCGUCCUGCGUGCGGUGGAGAAGGCGGCGGUCAAGCUGGAUGCUGCCUCCAUUGCCCUGGCCAAUUGUCUUGCCCUAACGCAGCCCCAGCCACAGCCGCCCCAGAACAGCACCCUGGCACCUCCGGCACAGAACACCACUUCGAAACCACCUUUCAUAGUUAAUACCACAACUGCUGCACCGGGAUUGAACACCACCCAGUGGCCCAACACCAGUACCACACCCAACUUCACCACCACUGCUACUCCGAACUGGAAUUCCACUGAAGGUCCAUGGUGGGGAAACAACACAACAACUGGAGGUCCGUGGUGGGGAAACAAUACGACCACUGGAGGUCCUUGGUGGGGAAACAAUACAACAACUGGAGGUCCUUGGUGGGGAAACAACACAACAACUGGAGGUCCUUGGUGGGGAAACAAUACAACAACUGGAGGUCCUUGGUGGGGAAACAAUACAACAACUGGAGGUCCAUGGUGGGGAAAUAGCUCGACUACUGAAUUUCCAUGGUGGGGAAACAAUACAACCACUGGAGGUCCUUGGUGGGGAAACAAUACAACAACUGGAGGUCCUUGGUGGGGAAACAAUACAACAACUGGAGGUCCAUGGUGGGGAAAUAGCUCGACUACUGAAUUUCCAUGGUGGGGAAACAAUACAACCACUGGAGGUCCUUGGUGGGGAAACAAUACAACAACUGGAGGUCCUUGGUGGGGAAACAACACAACAACUGGAGGUCCUUGGUGGGGAAACAAUACAACAACUGGAGGUCCAUGGUGGGGAAAUAGCUCGACUACUGAAUUUCCAUGGUGGGGAAACAAUACAACCACUGGAGGUCCUUGGUGGGGAAACAAUACAACAACUGGAGGUCCAUGGUGGGGAAACAGCUCGACUACUGAAUUUCCAUGGUGGGGAAACAAUACAACCACUGGAGGUCCUUGGUGGGGAAACAACUCGACUACUCAAGGUCCUUGGUGGGGAAACAACACAACAACUGGAGGUCCAUGGUGGGGAAACAAUACCACUCAAGGAGGAAACUCUACCCAAGGGCCCUGGUGGACAAACUCGACCCAAGCACCCAGCUUGAACUCGACUGAGGCUCCGUGGUGGACAAACACCACUGCCAGCUGGAACAGCACCACCGCCGACGACACAACCACCACCGAGGGGAACUGGUUCGAUCACCUCCUCGACCAAAUUGGAUCCCUCUUUUAGAGCUAAAAAGCCACAAGAGGCUCAUCCCUACUUUCUAGAAGGAUGGACUGUUGCCUAAGCUCUGGGCUAGCAAAUAAACUAUAAAUAAAUAAACUUAUCAGCAUUGAAAA